ACCGCUCCAGGGGCGGGUGGGGUGGGCUGAGCCGGGGCCGCCACAGCCUCCGCCACUACCGCCGCCACCCCAGGAAGACCAGAGCAGAGCGGCGCACGAGUCCCGGGAGAGAGAGGGGCUGCGGGGCGGCCGGUCCCCGUCUAGGACCAAGGGGCGCGCGGCGAUGUGAGCUAUGAGUGCGGCGUGGACACUGUCACCGGAGCCGCUGCCGCCAUCGACGGGGCCCCCGGUGGGCGCGGGCCUGGACGUCGAGCAACGCACGGUGUUCGCCUUCGUGCUCUGCCUGCUCGUGGUGUUGGUCCUGUUGAUGGUGCGCUGUGUGCGCAUACUGCUAGACCCCUAUAGCCGCAUGCCCGCCUCGUCCUGGACCGACCACAAGGAGGCGCUCGAACGAGGGCAGUUCGACUACGCGUUGGUGUGAGGGGGCACGGGGUCCCGGGCCGGUCCUCCGAUCCCGAGAGGGCCGGCCCGGUGGAGGAAUGCCACAAGCCUGGACUGCACUCAGUAUUGUACCCCAGAUGCCCUAGCCCGAAGUUGAAGGCGCUCGGAGAAAUCCAGUCCUUACCCCCUUAGCCGCCCAUCUCCCUUCCUGGCCGGGCCAGAACCCCACCUGGUGCCUUUAUCUGCCCUGUCCCCGUCUCCCUGCCCACUCAUCCUCACUGCUGUUCCCUGAACUCUGUUUCCCUAGUGGGCGAAUCAUCCCGCACCAACUUCAACCCUCCCCAGCUACCAGGCAUGAGUGUUACAUCCUUUCCUGGGAGUGCGGACUCCUCUAUCCCCGUCUUCUUUCCCCUACUGUGAUCAUCACCAAUUUCAAGGCGCUUCUUGAGUUCUGGCCCUGGCAGGCAGGCUCUCUUCAGUUCACUGUGGACGCUGCCUACCUACAAUGCAUGGUACAGCCUGCCCCAGAGACAGACCCGAAACCCCACCACGGCUGCUGCUGUGUAGAGAAUGUCUGCACUCUAUGCAGGAGGAGUACACGCAGGCCUAUCCCCUUCCCAGCCCCAGCCCCAGCCCCAGCCCAGGUUAGAGUGCCUUUCCUCUUCUCCAUGUCCCCACAGCCUUCCCUUGCCUUUUCACUCCUCCCUGCUUCUGAACGAUGGAGAUGAUAAUAAAAGCUAAUAUUGAGCGCUUACUGCAUGCCAAGCAGA